AUGGUACAUACUAAGAGGUUUUCAAGCUCAGAGCGCACAUAUUCAUCAGGCAUAUUCUUCCCUCAUUUCUGGUAUGAGCUGUGUGGUCCACCCCUACCCCGACGGUUGCCCAUGCUCAUUCUAGAGCGUAGUUCAAAGCAAUACUGUACAUGUAGUUAUGCGAGUCCUUGCGAUUGCAAGAGUACUACCCGGAAACUUGGGCAAAAGCGUCCACUCUGUGCAUCCCUCAAAACUGCAAAACAAUCUAAAUGGUCUAAAUAUUUUUUUCAUGGUUUGGCAUGGACUUAUAACCCCAUCAUACUCAGCAUUCAAAACUGA